CCCCGGAUGCUGCAUGACUUCAUCCUUCCGCCGGCUGCCCCGCUGAGCCAGGGCCGGUCCGGCAGCUAGCCCGCCGUCCGCGCCCGCCGCAGUCCCGCGCCCACUCCGCGCCCGCCAUGUCCGAGAUCCUGCCCUACAGCGAGGACAAGAUGGGCCGCUUCGGCGCCGACCCCGAGGGCUCCGACCUCUCCUUCAGCUGCCGCCUCCAGGACACCAACUCCUUCUUUGCGGGCAACCAAGCCAAGCGACCCCCCAAGCUGGGCCAGAUCGGCCGGGCCAAGAGAGGAUCAAACGCCGAGUCGGUGGAUGCUACGGAAGAACCUUCGGGUUGA